UCCGGCGGAAGUUGUGCCCACGGCCCUGUUACAAAAGCAAUGGCGAGCGGUAUCGGCAAACACAAGAUACUGAAUGUCGGGCCGACGGAGCCCUGGUCAGUCAGGGAGAAACUGUGCCUGGCCUCCUCUGUUAUGAGGAGUGGCGACCAAAACUGGGUGUCUGUAAGUAGAGCCAUCAAGCCUUUCUCAGAGCCUGGUCGUCCACCUGACUGGUUCUCACAGAAGCACUGUGCCUCACAAUAUUCUGAACUGCUUGAAGCCACAGAAGCACCAAAGCGUAAACGUGGUGAGAAGGGUGAGGUGGUCGAGACCAUCGAAGAUGUCAUCGUUCGUAGGUUGACCGCUGAGAGAAUAGAGGAGCUGAAAAAACUGCUGCGAGACACACAAGAGCAGUACAGGAAGUUGAAGAAGGAGGUGGAUCUGAUACAGACGGGCCACAUGGACUCCCAGCUGAAGGAGCUGUGGGCAGAAAUCACACUAAAGAAGAAGCAGGAGGAGGAAGAAGCAGAACAGAAGAGGAAAGCCACAGAAACUGCGUACCAAGCUCGUCAGGCCGUGAAAAACACACCGAAGCGUCUUCCCAGCGUCACUGUACGUUCUCCCCUGGGCACCAGCCCCCCAACCAUGGAUUCUCAGGCCGACUCUUCAGUCCCCACGCCACCCAUGGAUACAGGAGGCGUUUCCUCCGAUGACACCACCACCCACUCAGUUGCCCAGGGGGUCGGAGUGUUUCUACCAGCAGCGGACCCUCCAGGACCGGUGCCCAAAGAUGGAGGACUGGCCGCUCUAGUCGAUGACUCACCACAGAAAAGGCUCCUAACUCAGAAAGCCACGCCGCCGCCCUCACCUCUACUCUCAGAACUGCUGAAAAAAGGCAACCUCAUCUCAGCCAGCCCCCGCCUGGUUGCGGAGGGAGACUCUGCUGGAAGCCUGACCAACGGAGUACAGACGGCAACAGCAGCUACUGCUUUACCACCUGGUCAUGACAUCAUUACAGAAGGUGAAGCUGAAGCCACAGUGAAGGCAGAGCUCGCUGAGGAGACGGGAUUAGUAGAAGAAGACCUCGUAGCGGUGUCUUACAUGGGAGACGAGCUGGACCUGGAGACGGUGGGAGACAUCAUUGCCAUCAUAGAGGAAAAGGUCGAUGACUCUGUGGAGGCGUUGGAUGCAGCUGCAGUGGAAGCAGCUCUCUCGCUGUGUGAAGAGGCUGUUUCAGAAGGUCACACCCUGCCCGGCCCCUGGGAGACCCAGGAACUGAAGGCGUCCGACCCCACACCAACAGUGCAGGACUCUGAUCCCACACAGGAACCUCAGGAUGUGGCCACGAUGUCGGCACCGGCCACUGCCAGCCUGGAGACGCAAAAUCAGCCGGACGCCAAAAGAGAAGAGCAGCUUAAGGGAAACUGCGAAGGAGCUGAGGUGACGGGGAGUGAUGUCACGUCCUCUGUUGCCUCUGAUGACGGUGCAACUGGGAGCGAAGUUACAGAAGAGGGGGCUGCAGCGAAGGAGGCCACUGAAGCGACAGUGAAGAGUGAAGGAGAGGAGUGGAGUCAGCCUGAACCGAACCCACCUUGCCUUGACUCUGAGGACAGCUCUGUGUCCGGGAAAGAGUCCAAGGAGGUGAAGGAAGAGGAGGCAGGCAGUGAGGGUGACCCUGAAGAAGGGAUGGAGCUGAAGGAGGAGUGUGGGGAGGGUCCCUAUCUGUCGGAGGUCGAGCGGGCGGCCAGUGAGAGCGAAGACGGCUACGGUCCACCCUCCCAGCGCUACACUGCAGAUUCACUGGCCAGCAGCCCAGCCUCGUCCUCACAGCUCUCUACGUGUGGUGAGGAUCAGGAGGCCGUCCAGGCGCAGAAGAUCUGGAAGAAAGCCAUAAUGCUGGUGUGGAGAGCAGCAGCCAACCACAGGUAUGCCAGCGUCUUCCUGCAGCCUGUGUCAGAUGACAUCGCCCCCGGUUACCACAGCAUCGUACACAGACCCAUGGACCUGUCAGCCAUAAAGAAGAACAUCGAGUCCGGCGUGAUCCGCACCACGGCUGAGUUCCAGCGCGACAUCAUGUUGAUGUUUCAGAACGCCGUCAUGUACAACUCGUCAGACCACGACGUGUACCACAUGGCGCUGGAGAUGCAGCGUGACGUCCUGGAGCACGUGCAGCAGUUCCUGGCCACCCAGCUCAUCAUGCAGACCUCAGAGAGCGCCAUCUCCGCCAAGAGCCUCCGCGGCAGGGAGGGAAACCGUAAGCCUGGAGAGCCGGCUGAGAAGGAUGGAGGCACCCGAGGCCGGCGGAGCGCCAUGGAGGCCGACCUCAAAAUGAAGAAAUAGACUUUCAGAGAGAUUUCUUAGAGCCUCUCUUGGGCUGACAGAAGUUGGAGCUGAUUACUUACUGGCCCCUUUGGUUGUUUUCUGGAGAGGACUGUGCGGUCUCUGUGUGUCUGGUUUGUGUGUGUUUGCCGUUCAUCUGUCCUUUGGCAUAGAUGAGGGUGUGUGUGUGGAUGUGUGUGUUUGACUGAGCUGCACAGAGUUUCUUCUUCUCCUGUUCAUAAUGUGCGGCAUCACGGGGUUUCACUGCAGGACUCACAAGCCAGCGCACCACGUUCCCCACGUAUCAUUUCACCAGCGAGGGCAGUAGGUCAUCAUUUCCCACCUGUGGAGACGGAACAAGAGCUCUGUGGAAAGAGGAGAAGAACAUUUUCACCAGCAAAAGUUUGUCUGAGGAUCAAAUGAUCGAGGGCAGUUUGAGUCUCACUUGCCGGAUUUGAUCGUGUUGAAUCGUGGAUACUAGUCGAUGAAAUGACCUGUCUGUUGAGUGUGUCCUGCGCCGAAUUGUGCCCGGCCACCGUGGCCUGAAAAGACGCUAUAGACAGCAACAACAAAGAUGGCCACCUGAGAAAUCAUAAUGUACAGUUCCACAAAGUCUCACUCGUACUGCAUGUUGGGCUGACACGACGCAGAGCAGAGAAAUGUUUCAGUUUGAUCACCGAUAAAAUGUUCUAGUUAAAUUCACUGACAAUGUUUCAUCAAUGUUUAGAACUUGAUUUUCUGCCUUUUCCAUUAAUGCUGCAAGAAAUCUUUCUAAAUUAAGAAAAGCAGAUGGUGUCACUGAACCGGUGGCUUGUCCUCUCUGUUUAGUAAUGGAUCGAACUGUCCAAUCUGUUGGCCAGUACAUACCAGUGCAUGUUUUAGCCCAUUAAACUGCAUACACUUUACAUUUCUACCAACAUUUCUCCAAAACACGAGGCUGUGAUUGUAUAAUUCAAAUUAACCUCAAGAAAUACAGACAUGAACCCUGCUACACUCAACACUUUAUUGCCUCUAGUUGAGCAGUGUGUGGGACGGCAACAGACUUUUUUACAUCUCGGAUGUCAGCGUGUCCUUGAAAGGCACCAAAAGGCUGAGCUUUCAAAACAGCAAACCAGACCUUGCCCAAAGCAGCUGCAUCAUGUAAUGGUAAUGUAGAAUUACCUGCACCUCAAGUAACAGCUACAGCUCUUCUUAUGCUGCUGUGAAAUAGACUGAGACCUAUAUCUGUCCUUCAACGGAGGAGACCCGUUCAAAAGCUAAACAUGGUGUGUUUAUGAGAUGGCAGUGGGGUAAAAUCCAGGCGCCACUUAAUGGGCUUCAACAUGCAGAGUUUGUUGUUGCUGAAAUAGUACCGAUUCAUCCCGACUCGUUGCUUAGGAUGUAGCCAGUGUGUGCUAUGUAAAUGGCAUAAGAACUGUGUUUGUAGUGUGUGUUAGAUGGGAGUACAAAAUAGAGUUUUGUACCUGAGGUGGCUCAUGUAGCUUUGUGUUUGGGUAGCUGAUCCAUGUAUCACGUGUUCUGUUGUACAUUUGUUAAAUAAAGAUUUGAUCUAAACGUA